CUUACAUUUACACUGUCCAGAGGGAGCCAUGGCCGCAGAGAACCCCGUGGAAAGUCUCCAGGAUGAAGCUAGUUGUCCCAUCUGUCUGGAAUAUUUUCAAGACCCAGUGAUUACAGACUGUGGGCACAAUUUCUGCCGAGCCUGCAUCAGCCUGUGCUGGGAGGGACCUGACACAGAAGUAUCCUGCCCUCAGUGCAGAGAAACUGCUCAGCAGAGAAACCUCAGGCCAAACAGGCAGCUGGCAAAUGUUGUAGAAAUAGUCAAACGGCUGAGUUUCCAGGCAGGAACAGGGUCAGGAGGAGAGAGUGUGUGUGAUGAGCACCAGGAGCCUCUCAAACUGUUCUGUGAAGAGGACCAAACCCCUAUCUGUGUGGUGUGUGACAGAUCCCGGACGCACAGAGCUCACACUGUGGUUCCCAUAGAGGAGGCUGCCCAGGAGUACAAGGAAAAGAUUCAGGCCCAUUUGGAGAUUCUGAGGGAAGAGAGAGAAAAGCUUCUGAGAUUUAACGUGACCGGAGAGGGGAAAAGCCUGGAGUAUCUGAUACAGACACAAAACAAGAGGCAGAAGGUUGUAUCUGAAUUUCAGCAACUGCGGCAGUUUCUAGAGGAAGAAGAGCAACUCCUGCUGGCCCAGCUGGAAAAACUGGAAAAGGAGAUUGUGAAGAUACAGAAUGACAAUGUCACUAAAAUGUCGGAGGAGAUUUCCCGUCUCAGCGACCUGAUCAGUGAGCUGGAGGAGAAGUGUCAGAAGCCAGCCAGUGAAUUCCUGCAGGAUGUCAGAAGCAGCUUGAGCAGGUGUGAGAAGGGGAAAUUCCUGCAGCCAGUGGAGAUUUCUCCUGAGCUGGAAAAGAGACUCAGUGAUUUAUCCCAGAGAAAUAUUGCUCAAAUGGAGAUUCUGUGGAAGUUCAAAGACACUCUGCAAUCUGAACUGGAGACAAUAAGAGGGAAAUCCUUAGGAUCACACAGACCAGGUCCCGCCACUUGGGGUCAGGAUGGAGCACAAAGGCAAGGAAGUGGAUGGUGUGGAGCACGAACAUGUACAGAUGUUCUCGGGAACUGGUACAGAGGUGGACCAGCUGGAUGUCCUGCAGCCAAUACAGUGAAUGUGACUCUGGAUCCAGACACGGCUCAUCCCCGACUCAUCCUGUCUGAGGAUCGGAAAAGUGUGAGAUGGGGAGACACAUGUCAGCUUCUGACCACCAACCCUGAGAGAUUUGACUCUUGGGCUUGUGUGCUGGGCUCUGAGGGAUUCAUCUCGGGGAGACAUUGCUGGGAGGUGGAGGUGGGGGACAGAGGAUUCUGGGCUGUGGGAGUGGCCAGAGAGUCUGUGAGGAGGGAGGGAGAAGUCAGCUUUAACCCUGAAGUGGGGAUCUGGGCUGUGCAGUGGUUGGGUCUGUUCCAGGCUCUCACCUCCCCUGCAACCGCCCUGCCCUUUAGCCAGGUGCCCAGGAGGAUCCAGAUUUGUCUGGACUGUGAAUGGGGCCAGGUGACAUUUUUUGAUGCUGAUAACAAGGUCCCAAUCUUCACUUUCCCACCAGCCUCUGUCCCUGGGGAGAGAAUCUACCCCUGGCUCUGGGUGGGGGCAGUCCCAGCUCAGACUGUGUCCCUGAGACACAGGGGGUGGAAUAUUGCACUGGGGACCCUGAAAUCAGCCUCUCGAGCCUUAGAAACUCCAGUCUUUAUGACCCUGGAGUCUCAUGUCUGGACUGUGAAACCAUAGAAAGAAGCGAGUGAUCGAGAUGGAGAAGCCAAUCUCAUUGUCCAAGGAACUGUUUAGACUGUUUGUCACUAUCUUCUAUAGUCCAGGAGGACUCUUGGGAUCUUCAGUCAGACAGUGUCACUAAUACAUGGGGGGAAUAAAAAAAAUGGGCUUCCCUAGCUGCAGUCAUGCUAGUCUCUAUGACCCUGGAGGACUCCCCUGUACCCAACCCUCUGGUUCAUAAUUCCAUCUCCUCCCCCUCCAUCUCUGCAGAACCAGGGGUUGUGGGAGGUGGGUGGGGUGGAGUGAGGGAAGAACCCUUGAAGCUGCAGCAGAAGCAGAGGGUCACUGAGGGGUAGGCAGAGAUGUGGGGUUUUUGAGGGAGAAUUGCCUAUCAAGCUAUCGGCUCAGUUUCGCAAUAUAUCCUAGCUACUCAACACUCAAACCUAAUCCCUAACAAUUUGGGAAGCCUGGACCGUCAAUUCCUCAGGCAUGCCAGAGACAAGGCUGGUCCUCCGUCUCAUACUACUAGGUCUUCAGGGAAGGGUGUGAGUAUGCUAGCUUUAGUAGUCUUUUAGAAUAGAAAUGUUACCACCAGGGAUCAUAGAAUUGUAUUACUUCUUUGUGACUCUUUGUUUUGUAGCAUUUAUGCUUCUUUCUUUUAUAAUAAAGAUCUUAACGAGU